UGGUUAAUUAAUUGCACGGCACUAAACUCACAUUCCGUUCUCAAUUUCUCAUAGCUUACUUUAAAAACAUCGAAUUGUCUAGUCACUUGUGUGUGCUGACUGAUACGCAAGAGCUGAAUGUAGGCUAUCUGUUCUACGAGACCAGAAAGAUUAUGAGCCUUUUAUCCUAUGCUAGCCUAUAGCCAAGUUACAGUAGCCUUGGUUAUGUCCACAAAAAUCGAUAGAGAGUAUAUUACCACGAAGAGGGCGUAACGUGAUCACCGGGUCUUGAAUGCAGCAGCAUCUUCAAGUAAUAGCCUAAGCUAGCCUGCAAUAUUUGAACAAAACUGAACCGCGCGAUGUAUGAGGAUGCUUCAGGACCCAUCCCACUGUAGUCGGAGCAGCAGUCGCUUGCCCCUUCAUGCGCACGCCUUGGACAUAAGGAUAUAUGAACGCCGACAUUUCUCCACUUCCCUACAAGCACGUUUGUGGUGCUGAAGUGAAUCAGACAACUGUUUCCCGAGAUGUAAAGUUGUAAUUUUGCGGGAUCAGAAUGAAACAUGUUGACGGGUUCGGUUUCACUUGAAAUUCUAGCACGGGGGACAUCAGUGUGCAGCACUGAAAAUAACGUUUGUGAAGUUGGACAACCAUGACGAGAAGUAACCGGAAUAUGUCAUGUUUCGGCAAGCCUGCCUCGUUUGAAAUGAUCUGCUCUGGUGUGAUAUGACUGCAGUAUCCUUGAAACAUAAAGGUAGGCUUCCUGUUUAGACCAAAAUAUGCCUUUUGAUAGCAAGAACAAUAACUAAAUCUUGUCCAGAUCAACAUGUGGCACUUUGAAGAUCCAUAGACAUUAUUGUGAUGAACCAAGCAGCAGCUACUGAAAGGAUCAUGUGUAAUAAUUCACACUAAUGGCAUGAAAACAUAUUCUUGUUAACAUGGAUGAUAAAUCCAAUAAAUUGAUCUUAGUUCCUAUUUUAGCUGUUCUUUUUGUAAUGAUAGGCUAUCAAUAUAUAUGUCCAGCUGGCAGCAAUUCUUGCCACUUUAAAACUGGGGAAAAUUUGAGAGGGGUCAGUAUACUUUCUACCCAAUAUCGGACAAACGAAGACUUUUACACAGAACUGGAGGAUGACAGCCCUCCGAAAUUGCCGUCAAAAUUCAACUUUACUGAACGAGACCUUCAGCGGCACGUGGAUUUCAACAUCAAAGGAUACGAUGUGAUAGUGUUUUUACACAUUCAAAAAACCGGGGGAACCACGUUUGGAAGGCACUUAGUUAGGAAUAUUCGUUUGGAGCAACCAUGCGACUGCAAGCCAGGGCAGAAGAAAUGUACAUGCCACCGACCAGGGAAAGAGGAGUCCUGGCUGUUCUCUCGAUUCUCUACGGGCUGGAGCUGUGGUUUGCAUGCCGACUGGACAGAGCUCACCAAUUGUGUACCUGUCAUCAUGGACAAGAAGGAAGCUCAAAAGAACAAAAGGGACUUCUACUACAUAACCAUGCUGCGUGACCCCGUCUCCCGCUACCUGAGCGAGUGGAAGCACGUGCAGCGAGGUGCCACCUGGAAGACCUCCCUGCACAUGUGUGACGGGCGCUCGCCCACACAGGACGAACUGCCCACCUGCUACAGCGGGGACGACUGGUCGGGCGUCACCCUAACCGAGUUCAUGGACUGCCCGUCCAACCUGGCCAACAACCGACAGGUGCGCAUGCUGGCCGACCUCAACCUGGUAGGCUGCUACAACCUGUCCUCCAUGAACGAGAGCGAUCGCAACCACAUCCUGCUGGGCAGCGCCAUGAACAACCUGAAGAACAUGGCCUUCUACGGACUGACAGAGUUCCAGCGCAAGACGCAGUACCUGUUUGAGCGGACGUUCAGCCUGCGCUUCAUCGCCGCCUUCACUCAGAUCAACAGCACGCGCGCCGCCAACGUGGACCUGAGCGAGGCUGUGCGCCGUCGCAUCGAGGAGCUCAACUAUCUGGACGUGCAGCUGUACGAGUAUGCCAAGGACCUGUUCCUCCAGCGCUUCCAAUACACCCGCCAGCGCGAGCACCAGGCGGAGCGAUUGAAGAGGCGUGAGGAGCGCCGAUGGCUUCGGGAGCAGAGGGAGCAGAGCAGGGCCUCACUCCCCAGACGCCGGGGGUACGGGGGUGGAGGCGACCUGGCCACAACCACUGAAGACUACACCAGCCAGGUGGCCCGCUGGUGAGGUCUUACCCUGGCCACCCACACAGAGAGAGGUCACUGGUGAUCACCUCCAGAAUCAUCUCACAUGGUACUCUUUCUCUCUCUGCCUCUGUCAAUCUCUCUCUAUCGCUCUAUCCUUUUCUGUCUACUAUCUCUAUCUUUAUCUCUUUCUCAGCUUCAGUGUGAUCCUAGCGCUCUGCUAAAGUUUCUUUCUGGUUAUGAAACUGCCAAGUCUGUGAGUCAGUAUCACAGAAGCUCUGCCUUGGAGUGCCCUUUGGUGUCUUAGAUCUUCAAAUGGAUGGUUUAAUGUAUUUAUUUGUAAUGAAUUGUUUUGCUGCUCCUUUGCUUUCCUGCCUCUUAGUCAUGGUUAUUUAUUAUCAUGUAGAUUAUGAUAACUCUUUAAAGGCAGUAAGUUAAGCUUAAAGAAGACACAAUCAAAAGACGCUGCUAGCAAAUACAUUUUUAUUGGGACUCAAUGUCAAGGGGUGGAUAUCAAUCAGUGUUUUUUUGUUGCGACUGACAGGAAUAUAGUAGUUCAACAGAAAACAAUAUAAAAGUGCUGAUUCUCGCAUGUCAUGUGUCCAUAUUAUAUCUGAGUUUGGGUUUGAGGAUGGAGAGUUAUUUCCAAAAGAAAUGAUGAGAGCCAAAAGUACACCGACUUGUCUUUGUUUACGUAGCUACUGUUUUCUUAAUGGGACCUUGCAAAUUGACAACUUCUCAGAAAUAAGAUAAUGUAUUUAGUUUCAUUUUAUCAUGGCAGUUUCAAUUAUAUUUACUUUUCCCUCACACAAAUAUAGUGUAGUUGUAAGUCAGUCAAGAUAAUGUCAGAUGUUUUGAUGAUGAUGCAAAAAUGUUUUCUAGGGUGCAAUAUUCAGUAGAGUUUGUCUACAUGCAACACCGUUCAAGUUUCAACUCGGAGGAACUGCUGUUUCUGUUCAUCCACUAUCUGUGUGUUGGAAUGUGAAGUCAAUCAUAAACUCACAAAGAGAGGAUUACCCUGAAGAAAACCAGCCUGAUUUCUAUUCUGCACUGACCAGACUUUCAGCUUUCACAUUACAAAUGGAAAGAACUCCUCAAGGAAGAUUUUUCAAAAAUGUUAAGCUUGGAUUGUUUAAGUAGUCUUCUCCAGAAGGUAAAGAUAACCAGUAGGUAAAUGCUCUAGGUGAGGACUGAGGAGCCAGGUCAGUGUGGUUGGUGUGUGGACUGACUGUCAAUGAGGUGAUCAGCAUUCGGCCCUCGUGCUCACCCCGUCACACUCCGUGGUUUAACAUGUUUGUGGAGCCCACGCCAACGGCUUUGUGGGCUGUGAGGGGGGUUCUAAUGCUACCAGAAUAACAGCCUGAGAUGACACGGUAGCAGAAUACAGUAGUUUCCUGUAGUAGGAAGGAGAUGAAAUGUACCACAUCUAGUUUCAUGUCUGAUUGUCCCCCUCAAAACACAGGUAACUUCUGAAUGAACAUUAAACAAACUUGAAAGUAUCAAACGAGAUUCAUCUAAUUGUUAUGGUUGAAUUACUUGCAGAUGGCUGUGAUGAUGAUGUCAUGUUAGAUUAAAUCAUGGAUUUGCUAUUCUGAUCUGUUGUUCUGUUGUGAACAUUUCAACUCUCCAAUGACAAUAUUUUUUUUAUAAAAACAUGAAUUUGCUGCUGCUUUCAUUUUCACAUUUAUCCUGUUUUUACUUGAUUUUUUCAGAAGAUGUAGGUCUGUCUGAUCACUGAGCACAGCUUUGGUCCAUUAACCUUAACCGAUGAGUGGAAGUUUUUGUUGUUUAAGUAAGUUUGUAUCCAGUUAGUUGAUUGACUGUAAUGUAAUAGUAACCAUUAUCACAGUUAGUGUUGGUAUCCCUAAUCCAGAUUAGGCCUGCUCUUGGACUAAAAAACCUGCUAAAUGGAAAAGCUCUAUUGAAAAUUAUUUUUCAUUCAGGAAUAUGCAGCAUCUGUUUGCAGGAAACAUUGUUCAAGCUAUACAAUUAUUGGAGUGUGUGUGCGUGCGUACCAUUAUUGUAUAUUGAUCACAAGUUUGCCUGCAAUUUCAGUGAGCCAACACACCAUGUUUAUAAAAUGCCCCAGCAUUUUCAAACCAACAUUAUGGAUACAAUACCAAGUUUUUGUGUGUGUGUGUGUGUGUGGGGGGGGGUGUGCUGUGAAGCAAUCUCCCUGAUGAAAAAACCUGCUUAUAUUCAUGUAGUUGUUAUCUGCUCAAACUUACGGUAGUGUGAUGUGUAUAUUGACGCAAAGUCUGAAAAGUCUGAAAUGAAUAUUUCAAACCUAUUAUCCUUAUCAGACCUCAGUGUAAAUAUAGCGAUGAAAUCAAGCCUAAAAAGAGAAUGUCACACUAGAUAUUGUACUGCCAUCCCCAAAGCCCUGUGACAUGCCAUGUUGCGAAAGAGUGAUUUGAAUGAACUUCAACUGCCACUCAACUUAAGUGCACAUCUUUGAAAAACAGGUAAUCUUGCAUUUAUUUAUUGCAAACAAGGGAGUUUGUCUAAAAGGAAAAAGGUUAUAAUACCAUCACACGAGGGAGAACUUUCUACAUUUAUGUAUCUGUAUGUUCCUGUUCAAAUUGUUGUGUAUGAAAAGGACAGUCUUGAUGCCAUUUGAUGUGUUAUACUUUAUCAGCAAUGUUCUUGUCAGGUCUGCAAGGCUGGGUGAAUACUACUUCAGAUAUUAGAAAUAAAUGCAUUGAACAAACAUGACCCUUUUCUGCCUGGAAUCAUUGGUAUGAAGCCAUAGACAUUAGGAAAGUUAUUCACCGACAUUUAACCACAUUCAUGAGGUCUUGACCUUUAAAAUGCAAUACAAGUACUAGCUUCGUCCGUGUUAGCAAACAGCCCAGAUAAACACAGUCCCAGUCAGGUGACCAGGCGUCCAACAUCUAUCUUCAUCAGUAGGUCAUGCACUGUCGAAAUUAAACUUGUUUACGUGAAUUAUUAGCAUUGGUUGUGUUUGCAAGGUUUUGGCCUGUAUUUUCUCCACCAAUAUUUUCAUAAUCAUGCAUCAUAUUGAAGUGUGGUAUAUAGUGGAUGUGUUUCACUUCAUGUGUGUGUCUGUCUCCUGAGGAUUGCAUUUCAAUGAGAUAUAUUAUAUGCAUUGUAAAACACGAAAAUUAGGCAGAAAGGAGAGGACCAUUGAGAAGAACACUACUUGUUAAAGGAAAUAUUUAAGUUCCUUUCCUGUUGCUAUAGUGAGAUUAUUACUAAGGGAGAAAUAAGGGAACAAGGGAGAAUAAUUCAGAAUGUUCUGGUCCAGAAAUAGCAGUUUAUAUAUACAGGUAUAUGCACUGUACAAUCAUCAGUCUCUUUCAUUUGCUGUUAUUCAGCAGUGACAAGGGAUGGAAAUAUUGGUCUGCUUACAAGACACUGAUUGGACUAUUACCUGCUUAAUACAAGCUUCUCUCUAUGCAGGAAAUUGCCCUGACUCUCAACAUAGUGCAGUUAAUAAGUUGAAUGAAUGAAGACUCAUCUUCUUUCAAAAAGCUCAUUCAUUUUAUUGCAAAAAAAAGUGGAACCACCAGACAGGAACCACCAGACAGACAGACAGACUCUGCUGUCUAGUCUACUCCCGACAGAUCCCGCUUAUUUCCUCCUAGCUGUGGUAUGAGGAAGGAAAAUGACUCAUACCCACAAACAAGGAGAAUAGCUUCUCAGACAGGUAACGUGACAUGUACUGCAUUAUUUUAUAUGCUCCUGCUUUGUGGUACCAAUCCUGCUGGGUUUGUUUGAGGAAGUUCAGAUGUCUGGAUUAUUAUUGUGUACAGACAGGCACCUUUAGUGAAAUGUGAAAUCACUGUUGAUUCUUUUUACUGUUGGCUGAUGUGAACAAACAGUUUUCCACCUCCACAAACGGAUCGUUACACUAUCAGGAUAUAAUGUCAUGUAAAACCCAUUGUCGUACAUAUAUACUGUAUUUCUUCCCUAAAUAACUGAUUAUUAUUAUUCUAUUGUGAAAGCUUUCUGAGCUUUUCUACUAAUCGUGCCCCACUCGAGUGCCAGCCGUAUGAAAGGAAAAGGUUCACAUCUGUUCUAAGCAAUCACCUGCAGCGAAGUCUGACAUUCUUAUUAAAUCUAUGACUCUAUAGCUAGAUCAUAGAUGACAGUGUUCUAUCCUCAGUCCAAUGUUUUGAGACAAUAUUUGAGUCCAACAUUGUAAGUCUUCUCUGUUCUUAAAUGUGAUGUUCUGGAGCCUCUAGGGCAAUUCAGAAAGAUGAUUGAGGAUCUUAUUAAUGAUGAAUGUGUUUGUAUUUGAUAAAGAUGUUUUUCUUUCUGCUUCCGUUUUGUAUUUAUAUUUUGAUGUGGGUUUUUUCUGUAAUUUAUGUCAUUCAGGGCUCAUCUGUAAAAGAGACAUUGGUCUCAGUAUGACCCCCCUGAUAAAAUAAAGGUUAAAUCAAAUCAAAAUAAAAUAAAAGUCCAAUAUUUACUGACAGUGAUUAACAGAUUUAAUUGUUAACAUGAUUAUAUGUUGUAUGAUUGUACAGCUUGUUAUAAUGCAAUGUAUUGUCAAUUAAAGACUGACCCAGA